AUGAAACGGACCAAAAAGGGGAAAAAAAGAUAUAACCAGGCCACUCAAAGAGACCAGACCGAACCAAAUCAACCAGAAAGACCAAACCCAUCAGACCAAAGAAACCAAACCCACCGGACCAAAAAGACCAAAUCAACCAAAUCCACCAGACCGAACGAAAUCAAACCAGACCAAACCCACCAAAUAGCAGACCAAGACCAAACCCCAGACCAAACCCACCAAUCCGAGCAGACCAAGACCAAACCACCCAGACCAAACUCCCAAAUCAGACCAGACCAACCCACCCAGACCAAACUCACCAAACCCACCCAGACCAAACCCACCAAAUCCGAGCAGACCAGAGACCAAACCCACCCAGACCAAACCCACCAAAUCCGAGCACCAGAGACCAAACCACCCAGACCAAACUCACCAAACCCACCAGACCCCCACCAAACCACCAGAACCAAACCCACCCAGACCAAAACCAAACCCACCCAGACCAAACCCACCAAUCCGAGCAGACCAGAGACCAAAACCCACCAGACCAAACCCACCCAGACCAAACUCACCAAACCCACCCAGACCAAACCCACCAAAUCCCCAAGAGAACAGACCAACACCAAAUCCGA